UCUGGGGGUGGAGCUGCCUGGUCUAUAAAUCCUGGGGCCAUCAGGCUAAGGUCCUGCAGCUGCUUGAAGGAGCCAUCUCAUCCACAGCUCUUCCUCGAGCAGCCAUGGCCAGUUCCAGGCAAGGCCUCCUCCUGCUCCUGCUACUGCUGACUGCUCACCCUGGACCCUCAGAGGCUCAGCACUGGUCCCAUGGCUGGUACCCUGGAGGAAAGCGAGCCCUCAGCUCAGCCCAGGAUCCCCAGAAUGCCCUUAGGCCCCCAGGAAGGGCCCUGGGCACUGCAGCAGGCAGCCCAGCCCAGGCUACCUAUGGCCUCCCAAGUGAUGCCCUGGCUCGCCUGGAAGACAGCAUGCCCUGGGAGGGCAGGACCAUGGCGUGGUGGUCCCUUCGCAGGAAGCGACAUCUGGCACAGACACUACUGAACGCAGCCCGAGAGCCCCGCCCCGCCGUCCUCCAAUAAACUGUGAGGUUCUCCGAAGUUGUUGCCUCGAAUUCUGUCCUUCGUCCCCUCCCUCUCUUCCCCGCUGAGACCUUUCCCUGCGUGGGGGUUGGAGGGAGGCGAGUCCGGC